AGGCGCUCGCAGGCUGGUUUGUCUGCAGCUUUUAGCGGAAUGGUUCCACAAAGUUAACAGAGUUAAGCAGCUCUGGACGCUUUAGCAGGUGAAAAUGUGUCUGCUGGCUCGGGCCUGCGCGCUCCUGUUUCUCACGCUCGCGCUCACACUGGGAGUGUUCGCGGGAAAAGGCAGGAGGAACGUUCUCUUCAUCAUAGCGGACGACCUGCGGACGUCUCUGGGCUGCUAUGGCGACCCCGUGGCCAGAUCCCCCAACAUGGACCAGCUGGCCUCCAGGAGCCAGGUCUUCCUGAACGCCUACGCCCAGCAGGCCGUCUGCGCCCCCAGCCGCACGUCCAUGCUGACCAGCCGCAGGCCGGACACCACCCGGCUCUACGACUUCUACUCCUACUGGAGGGUCCACGCCGGGAACUACUCCACCCUGCCGCAGUACCUCAAGUCCCAGGGCUACGCCACCAUGUCCGUGGGCAAGGUGUUCCACCAAGGCAUAGCGUCAAACUUCAGUGACGACUUCCCCUACAGCUGGUCCGUCCCCGCCUACCACCCUCCGUCCUACCGCUACGAGAACCUGGAGGUGUGUCCAGGUAGAGACGGCGCUCUGCACAGGAACCUGCUGUGUGCCGUCAACGUGUCGGAGCAGCCGGGCGCCGUGCUGCCCGACAUGGAGAGCGCGGCACAGGCCGUCACGCUGCUGAAGAGCCGUGUGGGACGACGGCAGCCCUUCUUCCUGGCCGUGGGCUUUCACAAACCCCACAUCCCCUUCAGGAUCCCGCAGGAGUUCCUGAGCCUGUACCCUCUGGAGGAGAUGCCUCUGGCCCCGGACCCCGACGUCCCCGAGCUGCUGCCCCCCGUGGCCUACAACCCCUGGAUGGACCUGAGGAAGAGAGACGACGUCCAGAAGCUCAACGCCAGCUUCCCCUACGGACCCAUUCCCAAAGACUUCCAGCUGCUCCUCCGUCAGCACUACUACGCCGCCGUGUCCUACGUGGACGCUCAGGUGGGCCGUCUGCUGGCGGCGCUGGACGAGCUGGGCCUGUCCGACGACACGCUGGUGGUCCUCACCUCGGACCACGGCUGGUCGCUGGGCGAACACGGAGAAUGGGCCAAAUACUCCAACUUCAACGUGGCCACCCGGGUUCCCCUCAUGUUCUACGUUCCCGGCGUGACCUCCGCGGCGUCCAGCUUCCCCUUCAUCGACGUCUUCAGCCAAUCAGGGCGCCGCUUCCAGAACGGCCGGCCGGUGGAGAACAUGGUGGAGCUGGUGGACGUCUUCCCCACCGUCUGCUCCCUGCUGGGCCUGAAGGCGCCCCGGCCCUGUCCCCGGGUCUCCUUCAAGGUUGAGCUCUGCACCGAGGGGAAAAACCUGGUCCACUCGUUCCGGCACCGGGAGAGAGGAGCCAACAAGGAGCACAUGGCGUUCAGCCAGUACCCCCGCCCGGCGGACCAGCCCCAGCUGAACUCUGACCUGCCGCUGCUGAAGGACAUCCGGGUCAUGGGCUACUCCAUGCGGACCUGGGACUACAGGUUCACCCUGUGGGUGGCCUUCGACCCCUCCACCUUCCAGGCCAACAUGUCCGACAUCCACGCCGGAGAGCUGUACAUGGUGGCGGACGACCCCGGAGAGGACGUCAACGUCUUCAGCAGGCUGGAGCACGUCGCCAUGGUGAGGAAGCUGGACGCCCUGCCCCAGACGGUGAGCGUGGAGGAGAGGAUGAAGCUGCAGCUCCUCUUCCUCACAGCGGGGAUGAAGAGGAACGAAGACCAGCUGUCAGGAAGGAGGCGGAGCUAAACUCCCGAACGGCGUGGAGGAGGGUUCCGUUACCGGGCCUCACGAGGGACAAACUGCUGCUGCGCUGACCCGACAGCGGCUCCACUCACAGGAAACCUUUUUCUAUUUUUCUAUGAAUUGAAAUAAAAGCUGAAGGAAGAAGCGACUCGGAGCCUCACUGGAACGCCUCGGCGCCGCUCGGUUCUGCUGAUCAGGGCGGCGCUCGGCCACUCCGGACCCCAGACCGGUGAAAACGUCAGGACAACAUUCUCAAACGUUUCCUGUAAACUUCAUGUAUAUAAGAGCAACUUUUAUCAUUUUCCACAUAAUUUUCAUCUGGAGCCACAAAACAGGUCUGACUCUGCCCUGAGCUGCUUCAUUCUAAUGUUUAAGUUUUAACCUUUAACCUUUGCUUUAUUU